AUGGCCUCUACUCUCCUCCGCACCACCCCCGCCGUUCGCGCCGGCCUCCGCGCCGCCUCCAAGCCUGCUGUGGCCAUGGCCUCGACAAGCUUCGUCCGCGGCAAGGCGACCCUGCCCGACCUGCCAUACGACUACGGCGCUCUCGAGCCCGCAAUCUCGGGCAAGAUCAUGGAGCUUCACCACUCCAAGCACCACCAGACCUACGUCAACGGCUUCAACGCUGCCAUCGAGGCCGUGUCCGAGGCCCAGGCCAAGGGCGACGCCAGGGCUGCCGCCUCCCAGGCGCCUCUCCUCAACUUCCACGGCGGCGGCCACAUCAACCACUCCCUCUUCUGGGAGAACCUCGCCCCCAACGGCAAGGGCGGCGGUGGUGAGCCGACCGGCAAGCUUUCCACUGCCAUUACCGAGGACUUUGGCUCCUUUGACAACCUGAAGAAGCAGACCAACGCCGCGCUCGCCGGCAUCCAGGGCUCCGGCUGGGCCUGGCUGGUCAAGGACAAGACGUCGGGCACCCUCAGCGUCGUCACCCGCGCCAACCAGGACCCCAUUGCCGGCAACCUCGAGCCCCUGCUGGGCAUCGACGCCUGGGAGCACGCCUACUACCUCCAGUACGAGAACCGCAAGGCGGAAUACUUUGGCGCCAUUUGGGACGUUGUCAACUGGGGUACCGUUGCCAAGCGUUUCGAGAAAUAA